AUGGCCGAGGCAAACGAAGUGCUGCGCAUGUACCGGCGGAUCCUCAAGUUGUCACAGCGGUACCCGAGCAUCAAGCGCCAGUCAAUCAUCUGCGAUAUCAAGACCGAGUUCCGUGCCAACAGGAACCUAUUGGAUGCGCAAAAGGUCCGACAGGAGCUGGCGGUGGUGCAGGCAGGUAUCAAGGAGCUGUCCAUGUAUGCGAGUUUGCACCCGUCUUUGCCCAACUGGAACAUCGAAGUGGGGCAUGACGCAGCUCCAAUGCCCUUUGAUGUGCAGAGUGGGGACGAUGCAAAGGACGUUGGUCAUGUGAGCAUGAAGAAAGCGUGA